GAGCUGUACAUCUUUUAGGUACAGGUGAAUUUCCUUAAGUCCUAUUUUGAAUUGCUUAAUAUUUUCUUUGAGCAGAAGGACGGUUUUUCUGAUCUCUGCUUCUCAAAUAGAAAAACUAUUUGUAUAAUAAGAAGCAGAGGAGCCUUACAACUUUGUGGCAAUGGCAAAUAAUGUUAAAGGCUUGAUCAAAAGCCCAGUGAAUUCAAAAGGUUUGUUCCCUUGCAUUGAGCAGUCUUUGGCUGCUGUCUAAAACUGGUACUUUUGUCACUAUAGCAGUCAUCCAGGUCUGUCAAGCCAGCAAAAAGUUCUUUUAAGGCCAGCUGGUAAUUCAAACAAGUACAUAAAAGGGCUGUCAAAUGUGCAGUCUUGCAGAGUGCAUUCCUUGGAUUAACGCUAUCUUCAGUUGGUCCGUUUGGCAAGGGCUACAAAAAGGUUGGGUACUCUUUCAAGAGAGGGUUUUGACUUUACUUUCCUGCAUCAUAGGCACGUUUCAUUGCCAGAAGCAAACUAUUGAGCCUCAGUACUGGCAAUGUUGAAGGUCUGUGGUGUGAAAAGGUGGUAAUGGUUUUCAUUCCAGUUUGGCUUUUAAAGCCUGGGCAUCCAGCAGUGAAAGUGUGAAGCAUGGCUUCUGCCUGUUAGUUGUCCUGUAUGAUUGUACUGCAGUGAGAGCUAACUAGUGCUUGGGCAAGGUCAGUCUGGAUAGAGGGCUCCAGUCUGGAGCCAGGUACGGGUGGAUUGUCUCCGACUGAACAGAAGCACUUUGGAAACCACUGUUGUGUAGUCUCCUUUGUCUGAAGCCGUACCUGGGCUCCUGCCUUGGUAAGUUUUGUUACUUGAUCUACAAAUUUUGCUUUUUGUUUGCAGUAUAAGUUGCUUAUGGCCGUGUCCUUUCCAGUAGAAAUGACUUUGCUAUAGUAAUGUUUCACCACAAAUUCACGUGCCCUUUGUGGGAGAGUUUGGUGAAGAAUAGCUUACGUUGCACUCAUUCUUCUAUCCAGCUAACUGCUUCCCCUGGGAGAGAGCUGUUGUCAGCCGUGGGGCUGUUGGCGUAAUUGCAUUCUAUGUAUGCAUUAUGAAGAAUUUUGGUACCCUAAGCCAUUACUAUGUUAUGCUACUAGCACUUUUGACACCAGUUUUUAGCCUGUGCUCCUUUCAGCAGUGAUUAUCUGAUGCAUUAAGUGGCUGCUGCCUCUGCUGGAAGUUGUUCAUUUAUGUAACUCCAUUGGCAGAAUGGGAUCACAGUAUUAUUUUUUUCUCAUCUUUCAUUGUUAAGUAACUUUGUUUUGCUGUGUCUGCAUCAACAGACAAAUAUGGAAUGCCUCAGUUUCUUCCACUUCCUGUUACCAUACAGCACAGAACUGUGGGAGGCAGUGGGGUAUUAAGUGCUGCGAUCCGCUGUCCAGCUGAAGUCGAGUAACACUUGACUGUAACAUGGAUAUGGUAGGAGGACUUAGGUUAGUUGGGCAGUGACUGUGCUGGUUUGCCAACAGCUCUCAAGAAAAGCUGUCUGUAUCAGGCUGGGAAUAUGUCGGUGCAUAGCCUGUGAAGGUGCUGCUUUCUGUUGGCUUGUUGCUGAAUGGUCACCACCUCUUUUAAAAGCUCAUUUUCCCUGGAGAUGCUUCAAUAUUGUGGACGGUAAACCACACCUUUUUAAACCUAGGGUUAUAUUUCUUAAUUUGAAAGCCUUAUCAUGUGUUGAUUAAACACAGCCUGUAGAGUGAAAGCUGUUUAUGCAUUUAAAGUUUGCAGAGGAUGGUGGCAGUCAUUACUGUGCUUUAGGAAGCUGACUUCUGUUUUGACAUAACAUUUCUGGAAAAUGAAAGCUGAUGGGGAAGAUCUGAGUAAAGCAUCUGGACCAGAGUUAAUCUGCCAGGGCUGCUUCUGAGUAUUUGGCUAAGCAGCAGUGAUAUUCCAGUUAGAAAGGUCAGUGCUUAAAGAAGAAAGAGUGCUCAGUGAUACAUUUAAUGUACUGAAAACCAAGACUGAAAUGUUAUAAUUAAGAAAAUAAACUGUCCUGCUUACAACACAGAAGACUGAUUCUAUUGUAUCUCUUAGUCACUUUUUAAAAAUGUUCAUAGAUAAGGAAGGAAAAAAAAUCUGAGAAAGGUAACUCAAACACUGACAUCGAUAUUGUGAUACAUUUAAGGAGAAUUUCUAUUUUUUGGGUAAUUAUGAAGCUUAAAAGUUAAAUAUAAAUGGAGUCAUGGCCAGAAGUCAUUGCUUAGUGGAAGAAGACCUUCACUGACGGUCAGAAUCAGUGCUGAGAGACUGCAGCAGUUGAAGGGAGAUGGAGUGUCGGAUCUUUGCAGUCUGUUUCCGUUCUACAGGAGAUGUCUCCCACUGCUAAUGCUGUAGAAAUUGUUCCUAAGAGGUACACAAGUAUCAUUUAGACCGUGCUAUUUGAGGACAGCUACUAAAUGUAUCGUAAUAGGUUUUUGUGAGUUCAGCUAAUUUCACUGAUGAUAGCAGUUCUUCUUUGAGGGGAUGACUGUUCACUAAAUAGCUAAAGGUCUUCUGGGUCUUCAGGACUCUUCUGAAUGCCUGGGACAUCAUAGUAGCUGGAUAAAUGUUGCCCAGAGAUUCAAGUUGUAAGUUACAGUCCUGAACUCCUGUUCUCUUCUUGCCUUUGUCAAACUUAAACUCAUGGACAGAGAGUAUAACUUUCCCCUCUGUUUUCUCAUCAUACCUCAUAUGGUAGUUUUGAGAGUAAAUUAAUCAUUUUCAGGAGCUAAGCUGUCAGGUUGUAUAAACUGCUGAGCAUGAGAAAAUACUGAGGCACAGCGGUUUAGCCUCAGAAGGACACUUGUUUGCAGACUUUUGUUAUUUAUUAUUUUCACUUUAGUUUGUAGCAUUGCUAUGUGAUACAGUUUCAGCAACUCAUGAGCGUAUUUCUGUUGCAUACAAGAGGUCUUUCCUCUGAAGCAUUUCAGCUGAAGUGAAUGUGGUGCAAGCUUAAUGCUUUUUAUCACUUUCUGACUUUUCUUAGAAGAAUUGUAAUUUCAGUAAAUGUCAGAAAAUACAGGUUUAAGUGCUGAAAUUUUGUAUGUAUCCAUACUUGUAUGGAUAUAUUUUUUAACAAGUGGUACUGGGCUAUGUUAUGAUGAGGGAGAAAAUAAAGGCACCAAAGCAGUUUGCUUGAUAGUAAUGAAUAUGACUGGUUCUCCAAAUAUGCCACCGUCAUGACUAUGCCAACUAGAUGCACCUUUAAAGAAACAAGGGUUAAAUGUCUGAACUUCUAGCGGCAAGUUCAACCCUUGCGAGAAAUCUGGUUUUACUUGGUGAUCUCCUUGUAAUUUUAUUCAAAUGUUCUGAUGUUAACCUCAAAAAUAUUUUCCAAGAAUUCGGAGGAAGCGGAAAAAAAGUCAUUGCCUCCUUUUACUGAGCAUCCAUACCACAAAAGCAAAUAUAUCCCAGGAAGCAGAUACUCCACGCGGCACAAUAAGGCGGCAGCCACACAGGAAAGGCUGGGCUCUUGGCACAGCCCCUGAGGGGAAAUGCUUCCUUGAAAGGACCCAUUGUUGCUGGACUGGGGUCUUUGGGCUCCUAGCCCUCCUCUGGAGCUUGUGGUUCUCUUGGUGCUCAGAUAGGGCAUCACUGCCAUCUCUGUUAUCUAGCCAUAAUAGUCUUGGUUGUACAACCAAAUAGAAGGACUGACAAGUUCAUGCCUGUGGAAAGUGGAGUGUCCUUUUGGAAGCAGCUCCAGUGCCCAGCUACUGAAGGCUAACGCUGUGUGUAGUGGCACCAUGCCUUACCCAAAGUAUUUGAAAUGCUUUUAGCUUUCUUUUCCAAGAAUAAAUAAAACAUUUUUUGUACCUGUUGUCAAAAUCUCUGAAUUAUAAUCUUAACAUCUGAUGUACUCUUGCAAAACGGGAAAGAAACAGUAAGUGUCUAAAAUAAUUGUAUGCUGGAUUGCAUUCCUGAACUGUGGAACAGACCCUCUUUCCCAUAUGGCAGCCAGGUAAGGGAUCCUGAAAUUUAAAAAGGAAACAGGGAAAAAUUAUAUUUCUGUGUAUCUGUGAGUGGGAGCAGGCUCUGCAGGGUGCUGACUUUUGGUGCUUGCUUUAUCAGAUGAAAUUUUUCGUUAAUGGGAGUAGCUGCUGCUUGAAGUAAGUUAAGUGAGACUCCACAAAGGUGAAAUGAUGAAGUGCUUGACUUGCUGUCCUUUAUAUGACCGACUGAUUUCCUAAUCCCUUUUAUAACUUCUUCUCAACUUGUGCGUGUGCUACAGUGGUAGCAAGUUUUUACGUGAUCUGCCAAUUAGUAUCUGAAGGAUUUGAAGACCAGUUAGAAAGUAAGUUUUCAGUAUAGUAUUGGCUGCGACACUUUGUUAUUACGAUGUAUUAUUAUACUGAGUUUAUUGUUACUCGUAGAAUUAUCUUCCCUUAAUGCAGCAUGUAUUUUACUAUAAACAUUGCAAUUGCUAUUACAGCCUGCAGAAAGUAUACUUUACAAAGAAUACACUCUACAAAUGUAAAUACAGUUUUGGUUUGGUGAUUGUUGGAUACAAUGGUCUUCCUUAGGCCUAAACACAGAAACAAAAGCUUGUAUUAUAACAGAAAACCCAAGAUGGGAAGUGAUAAAAUAGGUAUUGAGUGGAGGGCUUUGUUAAAAUUUAGCUCGUGUACUUGUAAAAUUUCCAUGUAUUCAUGAACCUAUUAUGUCAUUCUUAUUGUUAGAGCUGGGUUAGUUGACUAAAGUGUUAAGCUUUGUUCGUGGUACAAAUUAUAGCCUUAACUCACUUCAAAAUAUAGCUGGAGGAUUUUUGGUAUUCCAUAGUUCUUUGAGCUAAUGUUUUACCCAACUGUUCAUUAUACGUGAUGUGGUUAAUUCCAUAUCUACAGGUGCAACCACAAGCUAUGAGAGAUCUGUAAGUGUCAGGAGCUUCCCUUCAUAUGAGGUGCAUUCCUCAGGUUGAAGGUGCCUUUCAAAAAAGCAUCUUUUGCUUCUAUAAUUUGGGUUCCAAAUUUACAAUAAAUGUUAAAUUUAUUUGUAAAACUUUUGGUAUUACUUUAAAUUAAGCCGUAAUAGUGUAUGUUGAAGGAUGUUGUGAGCUUUGUUUUUUAUGGUCAUAAAAAUGCAUUAUCCCCAGGAUUUGAGCAAGUUGUAUAACAGGUAUAAACUAUGUGAUCUGUUUCAGUUUUGAAAUGGUAUUGAGUGACAUGGCUUUAUGUUCCAGGGGCAGGCAAAGACAGGAUUUUGUGCGUGCUGUUGUUCUUGCCAGCUGGUGUGAGAAGCCUUUAGCCUUGUACUACUGCUCAGAUGUGGAUCCCUCUGGGAGCAGUGUGCGGUGUAAUCCUGUCUGCCAAAAAGCGUAGCACUGGUCAUAGAAACCGAGUGGAAGCUGUCACUGUUGGUAGGACAAUCAUGGUGCGCAUCAGAGGUGCAAGAAUGCCUACUGUGGGUACAUCUGUGGUCAGAAAUUCCUUAGAGUCUGACAAGCUGUAAAAAGGAGCUCUGGAAACUUUCCUUGGAGGAGAUGCCUUGAGUGUAGGAUGGAUGCGUCCUGGUGACAAACUGUUCAGAGGCAAGGAGGUAUCGUGUGGAUUUUAGCUGGGCAGUUUUAUAGCCUUUAGAAACAACUCUGAGCAUUUGUAAUUCCAGGUCUGUUUAAAAAAAAAAAAAUUGUCCUUCAUUAAUUUUAAGAGCUUGUAGGGUAAAAGCAGCCAAUGGAGUGCAUUAUUUCUGUAUACAUUAAAUUAGCACCUCUUACUUAAAGGAGAGGGAUUGGAGUGUAAGUAUGGGACUGUUCUCCAAGACACUGAUCUGAAGCUUUGGAUUUAGCUCUUGAAAGCCUGAGAUGUUCCCUUUAAGCUUUCUCUAUUCUAUUGUUUAAUGUACAGUACUCUACAUGUUGCAGUUCGAGAAGUGUGCUCCUAAAUCAUUUGACUUUGUUUCUUUUCUUACCCCUUAACCUGGUGUACUUGUCCAUUUAUUUAUUCAUACAGCACAUUUUGAAUGAACUCAGUGUUUCAGACUCAGCUUUUUGGAUAUUGUUUGAGGAACUCACUGGCAAUUGGCAUAGGCAGGAGCUGCAAGCUCCCACAGUAAUAGCUGAUAAGACUUUUCCUUCUAUUUUUGUGGACCCAUUUAUAAGUGUGCUUUUUUCUUCAGCACGACCUUUUAAAUUAUACCUAGAACUUCUUUCCUCUACUUCUAGCAAUUCUGACAUCAGGUUAAAUAUUACAAACACAUUGGAAACAACUUGCUGAAUGCAGCCUUGUGUGGGGAGUGCUGCCAAGUGGCGUGUAGACCUGGCAGUCUCUGCAGCAGGAUGGCAAAGGAGACCUUGGGAUGAGAACCAGCUUUUUUCUCCAGUGAAGAAAUAUUUCUGUGGACCGUUGGGAAAGUUCAUAAUCUUCCUGGAAUAAUUUCGAAGAAGCAGUUUAAUUGUUUUUACUGCUAGUAGCUGCAUAAGAGGUAUACAUAUGAGCAUACAGUAAGAUUCAAAUGUUGUAAUUGCUAACUUCAUUGGAAGGCUGAAAGAAUGCACUUCUCUUCUGGUUUGGAAAGCUUACUGCCAUUCUCUGCUGCUCAUGGUCAGCCACAGCCCGGGUUUUUUCAUCUUUCUGAAGAAGUUGGAUGUAUUUGGAAUUGAAUGUGUUCUCAGAGAAUUGCCUCUUCUGGCCUGUUGUUGCUAUUCUAGUUAGAGGAGCUCUUCAGUUUUGAAUUUCAUAGCUGCCAGUAUGGCAGAGAUGGAGCAUCAGCUGGUGUCUUGGGUAUGUAAGGCAGUCGCUACCACUCGUAGGUCCAUCAAAUGGGAUGCAGAAAGCCUUUGCCAUAAUGCACAAAGAGCUGUUUUGGUAACUGCAGUAAAUGUGUGCAGAUGGCAUGCUGCUGGAGCAACAAUAAUGCCUGGUAAUGAACACUACCUUUGUAAGGUCUGCCACCUUGGUAGGGCGAUUCCUUCUCUUGAUAAAGGAUUUGGAAGAAUGUCUGUAAAGUGCAGAAACUCUUAAUUUCUGAGCCCUUGGCUUCCUAUUUUCAGAACAAAACAGGGUUUUUCUGUGCUUUGACAGCUAGUCAGGGUACAGCUGAAUGUCUGCUCUGUAACAGGCACUGCCUACAGUUAAGGACUGUUCCAGAAACUUUUUAAAGUUAGAGAUCUGAAAGACCUGUAGUGACAUAAAGCUAUUUAGAAACUUACUUCACAGCUAUGGACUUGAAAAUGAUCUCUUAAUGGUUUAUUUGUUACUAAAGUUUUGGAAAGGAAUGUUUAAUCUUUCAGUGGCUUCUAACAAUGCCAUAGUGGAUCCUUUUGGCCCCAGGAAGACUCGAUGAGUUGCUUAUUAAGACACUUGGUUAAGUUUCACGUACAUGAUUCAUGUUUGAACUUUAUCAUUGUGUUUUUCUAGAUGGGUUGGUUGUUCAGGUGAUUUUUUUGGUCCUAACUCAUCCUGUAGAAAUGUGGGUGCCAGGCUUAUUUAGCGACAGGUUAUGCAGGCAGCUGAAGGGGAUAACGUGCACUCAUCUCUGCACGUGCAUUUCUUAAAUUUUUCGUGCGUGUGUCUGUAGCUUUUCCUGCCUGCUCUGCUAGAUGGCUGGGUUUGCCCUUUGGCAUCUUCCCAUGGCAGCUGCUUGAUUGUUUUACAGCACCAUUGCUGAUUUCUGCAGUGUUCAGGUGGUGACCAGGUUCCCUGCUUCAGCUUUCUAGAGCUUGAUUCCUAAAGCUCUUCUAGCUUGGUACGUGCAAUCACUUUGUUAUGCACUGUGAUAAACUGCAAAAUGUUUUAAGUGAGAAACGUGUGUAUAUUUUUAACUACAUUCUUUAUCACUGUUUUUCAGCUUAAAAUGAAUUUUGUUGUCUUUACUCGAGACAGCUGUAAAUACAAGGAAGUGUUUGGUCAGAAGCACAUAUGCUUUCAGCUAUGCAGAUAGUAUCAGGGCUCAUGCACAGACCUGAAACUGUCUGUAGGAUCCUUGUGAGGCAAUUGUGGUUUGAAUAGAAUGAGCUGUACCGUCAGGCUGAUGCCUGGAAGCACUGCCUCUUUGUGAGCCCAAUUACAGGAUUGCAAUUGUUCAUGCACAGCAGAGGGAAAAAAAAAAGCACAAUCCAAGCAGUGCCAAAUUUUCUUUGAUAUGUUAAUCUUUUGAUAACAGUUUGAAAAGCCCUUGGAGACUUUUUUUUAGAUUUUAGACAAAAUAGUUCAUUUGUCAGGACUUCCCUUCUAGAUAGGGUCGCAGUUAUUAAGAACAGCCUUGCAACUCAUGAUGGCAAAAGCAAGUGCGGGGGACAGCUGCUGGACUGCCUGCUGGUCUUCCAUAUCUCACGUUGAGAAGUUCCAUAUCAUGCUAAACAUGGAGAAGGAAGAAAAGAAAUUUGUCAAUAAGGCAGAGGAGGAGGAGAUGGAGAUCUAUGGUUAUGAAUUGUGUCGUUGGAAGCUGGUGCUAGUUACUGUAGGAGUGAUCUGUUCUGGUGGCUUCCUACUCCUCCUCCUCUACUGGAUGCCUCAGUGGCGUGUGAAAGCAACGUGCAAAAAGACUACGCUUAAAGACUGUGAAGUGGUUCUGCUGAGAACAACUGACGAAUUCAAGAUAUGGUUUUGUGCAAAGGUUCGCGUUAUGCCUUCUUUGGGAGCCAGUCCUUUACAGAAUCCUGACCCUAUUGGACACAAGGUUUCAAAUGGCCACACUGUUCAUUUCUGUGAAUCUGCUGCAGAAGAGAAUAAAAAUUAUUUGAAAAAAUAUUUGCCUAUUCGUUAUUUCACACAUCACAGCGUGAAAUAUUUCUGGAAUGAUUCAGCUCAAAGUUUUGAUGUUGUACGAGGAUUAGAUGACUCUACAUUCUGUUCUUCAAUUCAUAAUGAACACAGCAGAGGACUGACAAAGGAGAUGCAUGACUAUAGGAAAAUGUUCUUUGGAAUAAAUGAAAUUGCUGUGAAAGUGCCUUCCAUUUUUAAGCUUCUGAUUAAGGAGGUUCUCAAUCCUUUUUACAUUUUUCAGUUGUUCAGUGUAAUAUUGUGGAUCACUGAUGAAUAUCACUACUAUGCAUUAGCAAUUGUGAUCAUGUCUGUAAUAUCCAUUGUUAGCUCACUCUACACUGUUAGAAAGCAAUAUGUUAUGUUACAUGACAUGGUAGCAGCUCACAGCAUUGUAAGGGUUUCUGUCUGCAGAAGAAAUCAAGAAAUUGAAGAAAUCCUUUCUACCGAUCUUGUGCCUGGAGAUAUCAUGUUGAUUCCAUCUAAUGGGACGAUUAUGCCCUGUGAUGCAGUACUUCUCAGUGGUACUUGUAUCGUGAAUGAAAGCAUGUUAACAGGUGAAAGUGUUCCUGUCACGAAGAUUAAUCUACCAAAUCCUUCAGAGUUCCCAAAAGCAACGGGAGAUGAAAUAUACAACCCGGAAGCUCAUAAGCGACAUACUUUGUUUUGUGGAACCAAUGUGAUCCAAACCCGUUUUUAUACCGGAGAAUUAGUCAAAGCUCUGGUAGUGAGAACAGGCUUUAAUACUGCUAAAGGACAGCUUGUUCGUUCCAUACUGUAUCCAAAGCCAACUGAUUUUAAACUCUACAGAGAUGCCUACUGGUUUCUCCUGUCUCUGGUGGUGGUGGCAGGCAUUGGGUUUAUUUACACAAUUGUCAAUAGCAUCUUAAAUGAGGUCCCAGCUCAUACCAUCGUCAUUGAGUCUCUUGACAUUAUCACUAUCACGGUGCCUCCAGCACUCCCUGCUGCCAUGACUGCUGGCAUCGUUUAUGCUCAAAGGCGGCUGAAAAAAAUUGGCAUCUUCUGCAUCAGCCCUCAAAGGAUAAAUAUUUGUGGCCAGCUGAAUCUUGUGUGUUUUGAUAAGACUGGCACACUUACUGAGGAUGGCUUGGAUCUCUGGGGAAUUCGGCGGGUGGAAAAUGCUCGUUUCCUUUUGCCGGAAGAGAGGGUUUGCAGUGAGAGCUUGCUGAAGUCUGAGUUUAUUGCUUGCAUGGCAACUUGUCAUUCCCUUACUAAAAUUGAAGGGGUGCUUUCUGGGGAUCCGCUCGAUCUGAAGAUGUUUGAAGCAAUAGGUUGGAUUUUAGAAGAAGCAACAGAAGAGGAAACAGCACUUCAUAAUCGAAUCAUGCCAACGGUGGUGCGACCUUCAAAACAACUUUUUCCAGAAUCCAAGCAAGCAACUAACGAAGAAAUGGAAUUAUUUGAGCUUUCGACCAGUUAUGAAAUUGGGAUUGUGCGCCAGUUUCCAUUUUCUUCAGUUUUGCAACGCAUGUGCGUAAUAGCGAGAAUUCUUGGGGAGAAGAGAAUGGAUGCUUAUAUGAAAGGCGCCCCUGAAGUGAUUGCAAGCUUGUGCAAGCAGGAAACAGUUCCUGUUGACUUUGAGAGUGUCCUGGAAGAAUACACUAAGCAGGGCUUCCGAGUUAUUGCUCUUGCUCACAGAAAAUUGGAGUCUAAACUUACAUGGCACAAAGUUCAGACUAUUAAUAGAGAUGCUAUUGAAAGUAACAUGGAUUUUAUGGGGUUAAUUAUAAUGCAAAACAAGCUAAAGCAAGAAACCCCUGCUGUACUUGAAGAUUUGCAUAAAGCCAACAUUCGCACUGUCAUGGUUACAGGAGAUAACAUGUUAACUGCUAUCUCUGUGGCCAGAGAUUGUGGAAUGAUACUACCUCAGGAUAAGGUCAUUAUUGCUGAAGCACUACCUCCAAAGGAUGGGCAGGCUGCCAGAAUCAACUGGCAUUAUGCAGAUACCCUCGCAAGAUGCACUAGUUCAUCACCAGCCAUAAACUCAGAGGAUAUUCCAGUUAAAUUGGUCCAUGAAAGUCUUGAGGAUCUUCAGGUGACCAAAUACCAUUUUGCAAUGAAUGGAAAGUCAUUUGCGGUGAUUUUGGAACAUUUUCAGGACCUGGUACCCAAGCUUGUGUUACAUGGCACUGUGUUUGCUCGCAUGGCUCCUGAUCAGAAAACUCAGUUGGUGGAAGCUUUACAAAAUGUAGAUUACUAUGUGGGCAUGUGUGGAGAUGGUGCAAAUGACUGUGGUGCACUAAAGAGGGCACAUGGUGGUAUAUCUUUGUCUGAACUUGAGGCUUCUGUGGCAUCACCAUUCACUUCCAGGACACCCAGUAUUUCCUGUGUGCCAAAGCUGAUCAGGGAAGGCCGUGCUGCUUUAAUAACUUCCUUCUGUGUAUUCAAAUUCAUGGCAUUAUACAGCAUUAUCCAGUACAUCAGCGUUACUCUGCUAUAUUCUAUCCUGAGCAAUUUGGGAGACCACCAGUUUCUCUUCAUUGAUUUGGCAAUCAUUUUGGUGGUGGUAUUCACUAUGAGCCUGAACCCCGCUUGGAAGGAGCUAGUUGCGCGAAGGCCUCCAUCAGGUCUUAUCUCAGGUCCGCUUCUGUGCUCCGUUUUGUCUCAGAUCAUCAUCUGCCUUGUUUUCCAAACAUUUGGGUUUCUUUGGGUCAAGCAGCAACCCUGGUUUGAACGUUGGACUCCAGAAUCUGAUGCGUGUAAUAUAUGGGAUGCCACAAAUAUCAGCUCUGCACACAGUGGGAAUGAGACUCUUGAUGAUGAACAUAACAUUAAAAAUUAUGAAAACACAACUUUGUUUUUUAUAUCCAGCUUUCAGUACCUCAUAGUUGCAAUUGUCUUUUCAAAAGGAAAGCCCUUUAGACAACCAUGCUACAAAAAUUUUCUAUUUGUUACUUCUGUGGUAGUUCUUUAUGUCUUCUUAUUUUUCAUCAUGUUGCAUCCCUCUGAACUUAUUGACACGUCUUUUGAGCUCGUAUGUGUGCCAUAUGAGUGGCGCCUAAGAAUUCUCAUCAUUGUUAUUGUCAAUGCAAUUGUAUCUGUGCUGAUGGAGAAUGUCCUCCUUGAUAUGAUCCUUUGGAAGGUUGUGUUCAAUCGAGACAAACAAGGAGAAUAUCGCCUCACCAUACCCCAGCCGCCUCAGGAGACUGUGGAUCGUUGUGGAGUCUGUUUCCUUUCUUACCUGUUUGGUUAUAGAGAGAAGACACCAAAAGCCAAGUAUAUGCAUCUAGCUCAGGAACUGCUGGUUGAUCCAGAAUGGCCACCAAAACCCAGAACGACAACAGAAGCUAAAGUACCAUCCCAAGAAAAUGGCUCCUAUCAAAUCAUCACUUUAACAUAACAGUGGAUCUUAAUGGCAUGUGUCUUUAGUAGAGUUGAGAAGAAUGUAACUUUUAGGCUUUAUUUGAAAUUGCAGUAUCCUAAGCAUUAAGUUCUAGUGCCGAUUUUUCCAGCUGUUUCAUCUCUCUGAAUACAAAGUUCAGAGCCAGACAUCUUAUGGCUGUACAUUUUAAAAAUGUAGGCUACCUUAGGCAGAACAAAAAUGAUUGUUUCCUUCCACCUUCUUUCAAAUUUCAUUAUUCCUCAAUGAGAUGUAUUUGAAGAUUUAAACUGCAGGGCAGUUCAAGAGGUUCAUUUUAUUUGCCUGAAGUAUCUCAAUCAUUGUUCUGACUUCCUUACAGGGGACACGUGUUAAUUGUAAGGUCUAUAAUGUAAUGGUUUCAUGAUAGUACUAGGGGCAUGUAAUAACUUUGUCAUACCCUUAUUUGUUUUGUUUUCUAAUAUUCACUGCUGAAAAGCUUUGUGCCCCAAAGGGUACUAAAGUUUUGGUGCGCGUACCUCUAAGUUUGUCCCUGCUGGUAAGGAGUGUUUCCAGCUGUAAAUGUUUGGAUUUUAAGUUUAGUUCUUUAGUCUAACACAGCAGGAACUGGGGAUGCUACAGAAGCAAUAUGCUCUGUCCUCAAGAAGAACGCAUGUUGCUUUUGGGUGGGUUCAUAGCUGCUUUCCUUGCUAACCCUUGAGGACUUCAGUGGACUUCAGAGAAGGAGGCACUUGGCCAUACUGUCAAAGUUUUUGGAGAAUCUAACACUGCUGUCUCAUAUUUUAGUGUCUUUAGCUAUGCAUUUCUCCACAGACCUUGCUUUUUCCAGUAGGUGGGCUGGAUUAUCACUUUGUGGACCAUGUUUUAUUUGUAAAUCUUAAAGUAGUUUUCCUAUGUAUCUCGAAGUAGUAAGGCCAGAGCUGUUGCUGCAAGUGGGAUGGAGUGGGAAGGAGGAAUAUUUUCACAUGCCCAUGCUUGGAUUUGUGCAUGUUAAGAACAUAUGCAUUUCAAAGAUGCUGCUAGUGACUUAAAGUAACUUAAGCACUAUAUGUAGCUGUAUGAAACAAAAUUAAGAGAAAACAGACGAGCUAAAAUCUGUCUUGCUGCAGAACUAUGAAGCUUAUAAUGGAUAUCAUUAAAAAACAAAAAACAAAAAAACAACAAAAAAAAACUAAACCUUGUGUCACUAGUAAUGCUGCUUAAGCACUUGGUAUAGCGAUGCAUCGUUCUGCCAUUAGGUGGUGUCAAAACACAAGACCACUAGAAAAAUAGAUCUGCAAGAAUGUCGAAGUAGGCGUGUUUUUUUUUCUGUUGUUGUUUUUAAUAAUGGACAAAGUACUUAUCUCCAAACCAUCUUCAGCUUGCUGAACUUUCAGAAAAAUCUAUGGUGUCUUUGGGAAGAUGAUAAAAGUACUGACUUUGAUCAGUCUGUCCUGGCCAGAUGUAACUGACUGAUUCAUACUCCUUCCUGUGGGAAGGGAUCUCAGAUCCAGAGAAAUCAUAAUGCUUUAGAGAAGGAACUCGUGUCCUUUAGAGGACUUAUGUGAAGAAUGGGAGGAGGGCCCUGAAUAUCCCUGACUGGCUGGCAUAAGUUUGAAUUGUGUGUAUUCUGAUUUGAUUUUUAAAAAUUCUUGUGGAGAUGAUUUCAGAAUUAUUCUAAUAAAUGGAUUUUUUUUAUUCAGGUUGUGCCUGGUUUCCCCAUGCUGUGCUGUAGGGCAGUGUAGGCAGCAUCUCCCCACUGCUCACGUUACGGUUUCUGCAGCGUUGAAUAUACUGUGCCAAUGGGGAAUUUAAAGUGGUUCUAAAUGGUUUGGAAGACUUUUGCUGGAACUUGGGGGGUUUAAGUUAUUAGCACUUAGAGCUCAUAAAUAGUAUGGGUAUGUGCUAUCCUCCAGUCCAGCUGUCAACUCUUUUCCUGAUAUUUUUGUUUGGUUUUGGGGGUGGUAUAAGAAUAAGGGGGAAGUGGUUUUCUUAGCGUUCAUUCAACAGAGCGAUGUAAAAGUCUUAUUUUCCUGACUUCUCAGUGUCAUAAACAUCAGACAACAUUGGUAGCUUUGAGGGCCCUGAGAUCAUGGACGCGGAUAAACUCAUUAAUCAUGAACUUGAGUAGGUUGGCCAAUUUUUGUCAGCGCUGAUUUUAUGAAACCUUUGUAGCAUGGAGUAAUCGUUGAAGAAUAAUUCUAAGCUGCGUAAGUAAUAUUCAAAUUUAAAGAAAUCUGUUUUAGCUUACAGCUGUUGAGAAGCUCUGCAUCUUGGACCUGGGAGCCCUUAAACUCAUAAGCUUCUGUGCUCCAUUUCCUUGAUCAUUUUGGAUUGGUUUUUCCAUCAGAAGUGAAAGAAUAAGAAGUCUUUCCCUUUGAUAUGCUUUCGCUUAAUGCUUUCUCUGAUCUGCUGAUUUCUCUCAGUUUAUUUGGUUUAUGAAGCUAAUAUUUCAAUCAUUAUUCUAAUUUAUUGGAUGUACGUAGGGAGUGAGGAGGGAAUGACUUAUUCUUGUUUCCAGAGAACAUGCUAGGGAGCUCUUAAUAAUAAAACCAAAAUUGCCAUGCGUUCUCUAUUUAACUGAGUGGUUAAUGGGUCACCAACCUUGAACGUUUUGCAAAUGGAGGCUAGUUUCUUCAAGGUAUGCAUUCAGAAUCUGUAAAUGUUCUUGAGGUUGCAUGCUUGAGCUCUGACCUAUUUGCUUCUGCCAUCUAGUCAAGGAGAAAAAAUCAGCCUUUCCUAGAACUUCUCUUGUUGUAACGUCAGCCACAAAAUAAGCUUUUGCAUCCUCUACAAUUACUGGGAUCGAUGCCUUUCUGCCCAAGAGCUGAAUUUGGCCACCUAUAAUUUUUCUCAUUUUGAGCAGUUUAGUUUUUCUGGUUUUCAGAAACGCAAGCGACUGCUCUGAAGUGAAAUGAAGUAAAAGGAAAUAUCUCUUCUAGUGUUCAUCUUGGAAGUCUGAAUUUGGGCGCACAGACCAAUGUAGUGAGCUCCAGUAGAUAUUUAGUAGACAUUUUCUUCCUGCUGUAUAUUUGGGCCUUCUGUUGAGGAGUUUGAUUUAUUAUUAAAUUAUUUGUGUAUGCAGACUUUAAUCUGUACGUAUUUUACGUUGAUGUAUUAGGAUUUGUAAAUAAACUGAUUUUUAAAUAUUAUUUAUACACAUACUUAAAGGACUGGUUUACCCAGCCGAGCAAUUGCUAAGUAAUAAAUGUUACUUCUUAGUAAUAAAUCACCAGAUCAUUAAAUUGUAUAUCCCUCAGGGUUAUUUUUAAAGGUUUUUUUCCUUCCCUUUUUCACUUAAUUAGCAGUAACUGGUUUCACAUAAUAUAGAGCUAAAUCUACUGUAGAAAGAAAAUGCUGCGAACAAGGCUUGAGUAGAAGCAGCUCAGACACCCACAGAACUGGCUGUCCACAUUCAUUGUAACUUCAAAUUGGGAACUUUUACUGUUGCACUUUUAAGAAGUUGUUGAAUUUUUAAUUCUAUUUAUUUGUUUUCCUUUGUGAAGGUUGCGCUGAGCAGUCAUCCCAGAUUGGGUAAAAUACUCCUGUACUGCUUGUGUGUAUACAGUAUAAUCCUAAGCAGAUGUGGAGUCCUAUUUCUUUUUUUAUGCUGCAAAUGUUUACUGCUUACGUUGGUCAUCAUUGCAAGAGCUGAAGUCCUGUAGGAUUUCUCCCAUGAAAUUCUGAAUUGUAAACUUAGGUUUUUGUAUAUCUGAGGGAAAGCUGUGGGGUUUUGACAGUUUUUAAGUCUUGAAUAUGUUGAUUUUAUACAGUAAAGCUUCAGGUUUUUAGAUCUAUUUUCAACAAACUGCAUCUUCUUUGAUAAUUACGUGAGCCGGAAAUUACUCCGUUCAUCAUGAAUUCCUCAAUCCUAAUACAGAUCAAAAGAAUCAUCAUUACAGCACUCUCCAGAAGCUCAGCUUCCUUUUCAUUUUUAAAUCUGAAAUGAUUCUGCGUCUUUGUAUUUAAAAUACGUAUUGCUGCUCUAGAAUGGUACCCUGUCAAGAGGCAUACAUAAAUAACUGUAUAAUAUAAUUGUAAAUAGUCUUGUAAAUCAUUUUUGUGACUGAAACUCUUUGAAAAUAAAAUUAAAACAAACAGAUAUUUUAACUCUU